AUGAGACCUUUAAUGACAUGGCUAAGAAUAUUAAAGCUUAACUCCAUUAAUAAAUCACUUUUGAACAACAAUUUGAGGAUUCAAGAUACUUUCAUUUUUAUUUGUGUUCACAGUCAAGAUAUUCUCGUUCUCAAUCCCAAAGGCAAUCUAGACGCUCUCAUUCUCAAUCACCAAGACGCUUUAGUUCUCGGUCACCAAGACGCUCUUAUUCUGUAUUACCAAGAUACUCUCGUUCUCGAUCACCAAGAUGCUCUUGUUUUCAAUCACAACAUUCUUGAUCCUAGUCAA